AUGGAUAUGGAUAAUACCUACAAACCCACGCCCUCGGCGACUGUCGUACGCCUCAUGGUCCUUGAGACCGACAUACCUCACCCCGAUACAUACUCGGUGCGCGGUUCAUUUGGUCGCAUUGUACACGAACACUUUAGCAAAGCCGGACGUGCCCAUCACCCGCCUCUAGGCGUCGAGACAGACCAAGUCUUCGUCGUUACCGAACAAGGCGGACGGAUGCCCGAGGUGCAAGAGUUCGAACGUUUUGACGGCCUGCUCAUCACCGGCAGCGUGUACGAUGCGCACGCGAACAACGAAUGGAUCCUUCAGCUACUAGAGCUCCUCAAGGCCCUCUGGACCAAACGGCCCGACUUCCACUUUCUUGGCGUCUGCUUCGGCCACCAGCUCCUCUCCCGCCUUCUUGGCGGCACUGUCGGGCCCGCGCCUACGCAAGACUGGGAACUCGGCCACUGUCGCAUUGAGCUCACGCCCGUCGGCCAGCAGCUCUUCCGUACGAAGGAGGACCACAUUCAUCUGCACCAGAUGCACCAAGACCAGGUCACCUCACCGCCCACGGCCGCGUCCGCAGGACCCGACAUGUUGCACCCGGACACCGAAAUUGCGUGCUGGGGGCGCAGCGACCAUACACCUGUUCAAGGCCUGUACAUACCGAAUCGGCUCUUCACUACCCAAGCACAUCUGGCGUUUGAUGAGGACAUGGUGAAGCGACAGAUUCAGAUCAGAGUGGAUGGCGGCGGGAUUAAGGACCUCGAACAUGCGGAUCGGGCGGCCGAGACGGCGCAUCUGGAGCACGACGGUGUCGAGGUUGCUAAGGCUGUAUUGCGGUCGUUUGUGUAUGACGAGGAUGAAUAG